AUGGCUGAAACGAAGUCUGAUCAAGCGACCGAAGCUCUAUUUUCUCCAUACAAGAUGGGCAAAUUCAGUCUUUCUCACAGGGUGGUGCUUGCUCCCAUGACCAGGUGCAGAGCUCUGAAUAACAUUCCAGGGCCGGCCCUUGUUGAAUACUACACCCAAAGAUCAACCAAUGGUGGAUUUCUCAUCACGGAAGGGACCAUGAUAUCCCCCACCGCCGCCGGGUUUCCACAUGUGCCUGGCAUUUUCAACAAGGAGCAAGUGGAGGCAUGGAAGAAAGUGGUAAAUGCUGUCCACGCGAAAGGUUCAAUUAUAUUUUGUCAAUUGUGGCAUGUAGGCCGGGCUUCACAUCAAGUGCUUCAGCCUGGUGGGGUUGCUCCAGUGUCGUCCACAGACAAGCCAAUAUCAAAGAGGUGGAGAGUACUACUGCCUGAUGGAAGUUAUGGGAUUUACCCGGAGCCACGUCAAUUGGAAACCUAUGAGAUUCCGCAGGUGGUAGAACACUAUCGCGAGGCUGCCUUAAAUGCCAUUGAAGCAGGUUUUGAUGGUGUUGAGAUCCACGGAGCUCAUGGUUACCUGAUUGACCAAUUCCUCAAGGAUGGGAUCAAUGAGCGCAAAGAUGAGUAUGGCGGAUCUCUCGGAAACCGUUGCAAAUUCAUAAUGAACGUAGUGCAAGCAGUUGUUUCUGCCAUUGGAGCCGACACAGUCGGUGUCAGAAUGUCACCUGCAAUUGAUCAUCUUGAUGCGAUGGACUCCAAUCCACUCAGCCUAGGCCUUGCUGUGAUCGAGAGACUCAACAGGCUCGAAAUAGAAUGUGGCUUAAAACUUGCGUAUUUACAUGUGACUCAGCCCCGAUACACAGCCUAUGGGCAAACAGAGUCAGGCAAUCAUGGUAGUCCAGAAGAGGAGGCGCAAUUCAUGAUGACUUGGCGAAGGACUUAUCAGGGCACUUUCAUAUGUAGUGGUGGAUUCACUCGGCAGCUUGGAAUUGAAGCUGUGGCUCAGGGUGAGGCUGAUUUGGUGGCGUAUGGCCGACUAUUUAUUGCAAACCCAGACUUAGUUUUGAGACUCAAGCUCAAUGCACCUUUAAACAGGUAUGUUCGGGCUACUUUCUAUACCCAUGAUCCCGUUGUAGGAUAUACUGAUUACCCAUUCCUGAGUAGUAAUAAAGCAUCUAACACACCUUUGUCACUGAGUCAUCUAAUGAAAAUGAGGAUAAAGAAGAUGAUAAGAAGGAUGAAGCCGAUAAAAUCGAAGAAGAGAUUAGCCAAUAUCAUGGGUCAGGAUGCUGAAGGAGAAUCUGAAGAUGCUGCAGCCAAAGAGGUCAGUCCUAGCCAGGGUGAGAAGGAUACAACACCCACUGUACCUACUACUAAAAAAGUUUAA